AUCCUUAUAACAAGUUUCCCUCCCACUGUCAAAUGCUGCACAGGGUCAGUAUGUGAAGGUGGCUGAAAUUUACUCUUUGGUCUCUGUGCUGGUCCUGAUCAUGGGUUUUUCUUUCUACCUCCUGGCUCUGACUUCUCUCCUCUCUCAGACCACAGCUCAGUGGUGUUACCAGAGCCAGUACUCCUGUGAUGACACAUGCAGAGACCCCAUCCACUGGGCAGCUCAGUUCCCCAGCUGUGGAGGACUACGGCAGUCGCCCAUCAACAUUGUGAGCAGCAAAGUGCACGUCAACAGCGCCCUGCCGCCCUUCGACUUCAUCGGUCACACCGACGUGAUCAACGUCACGGUGGAAAACAAAGGACACUCUGCUCACUUCCACCUGCCACAGUCGGUCCGACUGACGGGAGGAGCUCUCCCCGGCCACUACAGAGCGGCCCAGUUCCACUUCCACUGGGGAGGGAAUGGGAGACCUGGAUCGGAGCACACCAUCGACGGAGAGAGAUUCCCCAUGGAGCUGCACAUCGUCCACAUUAAAGAGCCGUACGGCUCUCUGGCAGAGGCAGAACAUGACAUGGCAGGUAUAGCUCUGCUCGCCUUCCUGUUCGAGGAAACAACAGAUGAUCAUCCUCAUUUGGACAGAGUUAUAACCGCCCUGGGCCGAGUGCGUAACAACGGAAGCAGCACGGUCAUCCCAACCUUCCGACUCAAUGACAUUAUCCCGUCUGCGAAGGACCUCCACAGUUACUACCGCUACGUGGGCUCCAUGACAACUCCAGGAUGCGAACAGGCAGUUGCCUGGACGCUGUUUCACAGGACCCUGUCCAUCAGCAGUCGACAGCUGGACGCCGUGGUUCAGCAGUGUCAGUUCUGGACCGGACAGCCCAUGACCGACAUCUUCAGACCCACUCAGCCUCUGGACGGCCGCGUCGUGUACCGCUCCAAGGCCGGCGCGGCUCCGACGAGCGAGAUCCACGCGUGGUUCGGUGUUUUCGCCGUCGUGCUCGGGAGAGCGGCUCUGAUUCACUGACUCGCCACAUCAAAAGUAACACCCGAGAGAUUUCAGUGGCAGAAGCUUAGUAUGUGUAUAUACCUGUUUGUGCUUAUGUUAAUUCAUCCAACAAAAUGACUACUACGGAAUUUACUAUUAAACAUGAUUGUUUGUGGAAGUUAUUGUGCAAAAACAAUAUUUGUGUGUGCUCUGUAUGGAAGGUGGUUGGUAAUUUGUUUUGUUUUAGUGGUGUUAGAUUUACUUACUGUUUUAUUGUAGUUUAAAACCUUUUUUUUAUAGAAUGUUAAUUUUGUCUGACACAAAAGCAGAGAUUUUGACACUCAUGCUUCCUGGACAAUGCAUCUACUGACUUCGCUGAUCCAGACCUUUCCUCCGGCAACGCCGUGAGGGUCACAACCUUGUUUUUCAGUGAAAUAUUUCAACUUUUAAUAACUAUUGACAGGUAUCACUAACACCAAAGCUGCUAGCAUGUCGACAGGCUUGCUUCUAUUCGAUGUGACUUGUACCAUCCUUGUACCAGCAUGUUAAUGAGAAGGACGCUUUACCUCAGCAGCCUCACACUUGGAAUCUCCAAUAUUUUAUAUUCUUUACGUUAACUCUAAUCUUAUUUUAUAUAAUAAGACAGAAAAUGUGAAGCCCUUAUGAUGCCGGAUGAUUGACAGUAGGAGUAAGACUAGAUGAUGCAGCGUUUCCUAAAUAUACUGUACAUUUGUUCAACUGAUGUAAAUGUACAUAAAUACCUGUGAUGCUCUGCCACAAUAACAGCUUCUUCUCUGUCCCUGCUGAUGAUAUAACUUUCUUUUGAGUGCAUAAUGGAUCGCUUAUUAUAUGUUCAAGAUUUAGAAAAAUUGAAACUGGGGAGAGAAAUGUGCCCCCAAAUUUACUAUAAACACAAUAAAUGGACAGUACAACAUAAUAUCAUUGGUAGUAUAGUCCUAAAAAGAACAUUGCACUUUUACCUUACUUUUCUUUGAAGUACUUUGAUCAGACACAUAAUGUUUAUGCAAUUUAUCUUUGAUAAAUAACUUCCUAUUUUUGUCUCAGCUGUAAAAAGCAAACAACAACAACAACAACAACAAAAACAACAACGUCAUGUGUCUAUGUUGGUGUUGACAUGAAAAUAUCCGAUUGAUACCCCAAUAAAGCCACGAUGGAUCAGGCUGUAAAA